AUGCUUCUCGGUACAAGGCGGGCCAUCUUCUUAGGUGAGAAUGGAGAAGUCUCCAUGAAAGACAUCGCGGAAGAAUACAAGCCAGCGGGGGACCAGGUUCUCAUCAAAGUAAAAUAUUCGGCUAUUAAUCCGGCAGAUCUUAAGCACGCACUUGUCGGUCUUGCUGGCUCCGUCGCCGGUUAUGAAUGGGUCGGCACUGUAGUCGAACUGGGCGACUCUACCUCCUUCAAGAUCGGCCAAGAACUUUUUGGCAUAAGCAUGCCUGGACAUCGUCGACCAUUGUAUCUCGGGGCACAUCAAGAUUAUCUCAUAGCUGAUGGGUAA